GCGCCUAACAUGUAAUAUCCCACCAGCCAGCAUAAGAAUUAGCCUUAGUCAAUACUAUUAACUACAGUAAGUUGCUCAAACCCCCAACCAAAUGUCAUCCAAUGGAGUUCUAGUCCAACCUUUGGAGUCACUAUAUGAUUAUUCACCCAACUUCAAAGUUUCAGUAGAAUUAAUACAAAAAUUGGCUCAACAACUCAAAUUAGAGACAUUCGUUGAUAAAUCGGGAUAUACUAUUGAUUCAAUUAAUGCAGCCAAGAAUGAAAAGAUUCAGAGAUUAUCAAUUGCUGGAUCUUAUGUAUUACUUGAAAUUGACUUUAUUGACGAUGAAACCAUUGUAAAUGUUUCAUUAUCAUUUGCCAAUCAAGAAACUGAAGCAGUUGAAACUCUCGAUAAGAAUUUACAUGGAAAGAUAAUAUCUAAGGAUAAAGAUGAAACUGGGAUAUAUCAAGUAAUUAUAGAUUCUAGUCAAAAGAGUUUGGCUUAUUCUAAAGGUAGUGGUACUGGAACUAAAUCAAUUGCUGAAGGAAUCUUAUUAAAGAAUUUAACAUCUAAGAAAUUGAAUAAUUUCCCUACAAAUUUAAGCUAUUUAGCUAAUAUGGAUAGACUUUCAUCAGCAUCUUUUGAUGCAUUUGACAUAUUAGAGCGAUUAUCAAUGUUAUUAUAUGCAGUUGAAACUAUUGAAACAGAAAAUAAGAAAGAUGAUUGGUUAGUGGAUGAAGGCUUUGUAAGUAGAGUAGGUGCUGUUAAAGUAAAUGAUGAAGAGACUAAUCAAUUGGGAGUAUUUAUUCAUUAUUGGCAAGAUUUCAGAUACAUCAAUCACGAAUAUAAAGUGUCCACUGACAGUAAAAUUCCACUUGUAGGUUUCAAUCAUGGAUUAUUGAUCCGAAUUGAUCCUGUGUCUACUUCGAAACAGGUUGAUUAUUUUGAGGAUUUGAAAACUGAAAAUUGGGACUUACAUUCAAGUUCAAAGCUAGACGUGUAUAAAUUCAAAUUCGGUAAUAAAUCAGACACUAAUGACCCUACAAGCUCCAAUCUUCAAGGUCCACCAUCAUCUUCAUCUUCAUCUUCAUCUACAACAUCAGCUGAAAUAUCCAAUUGGGAAUUAAAUUUAGUUCUUGAUCAAGAAGUUUUCAUACCCCUGUAUUUAUUAGGUUAUUUGGCUCCAAUGAAAUAUACAACAGGAACUAGUCAAAAUCCUACUAUUUCUCAAUUUAACAAUUAUGAAAGUGCAGUUCAUCAUUUGCAUACUUUUGAUGAUAAAGAAAUUCCAUUCAACAUAUCGAGUGAUUUAAUUACAAAUGAUUUCAUACCCGUAAAAACAAUGUUUAUCAAUAAGUUGGUAGAAAUAUCCUAUUAUGUUCCAAUGUUUAGAAAUCAUAUUGUACUUGUAAAUUUAUUUAAUACUAUAGAAUCAAGAUGUAAAGAAUCAAUUGCUAUUAAUGCUAAUAUUGGAAGAUCAAGACGUAGUUCUAAAGUAGGAAGCAUAUCUGGUAUGAAUACUGAAAAGGAAUUAACUGAAGAAGCUAAGAAAAAACUUAAGGAAUCAUUAAAAUUACCUCAAGAUGUUACUGAUGAAGAAUUACUUAGUUUAAAUGCUAUAUCUGAAAAUGCUACUUAUUCAACUAUAAAACCUAUAACUCACAAAGAACUUAAUUUAGAUCUGUUUUUAAAUGAUGAAUCUAAUGAUGAAGAAACGAAACACGAAAUUUCUGAAAGUAUUAGUCUUACAUUAGAAUCUAUUGAUGGAGGAUCAGAUUUCUUUGAUAUAUUGCUUACACUUAGAGCAGUUAGUAGAUUAGGAGAAGUAACGAUUCCAUUUAAGAUAUCUAAUGGAGAAAUUCUUGAUGCAACUUCAGGAACAGCAGAUGCUAUGGAAAUUGAUAGUAUUGAUAAACGGUCUAGAUUUAUUAAAGCAUUAAAUCUUACAGAAGAUGUGGUUAAAUCAUUUACCCAUAUAUAUUUAUAA